UUUGAUUUGUGAGAGAGAUCUCCUCAUUAAUCAUGAUGCACUCAUUGACAAGCCUGCUCUUCCUCGCGAGCCAGGCGUUGGCUGCGACGCAGACCUUUGACUGGAACAUCACAUGGGUCAACCGCAAUCCCGAUGGACAAUUCGAGCGGCCAGUCAUCGGCAUCAACAAUGAGUGGCCCAUUCCCGUGCUCAAUUUCACCAAGGGCGACCGGGUCGUGAUCAACAUGCACAAUGGACUUGGCAACCAAAGCACGAGUCUACACUUCCAUGGCCUCUUCCAAAAUGGCACGACGGAGAUGGAUGGGCCUGUCGGCGUGACACAAUGCGAUGUUCCUCCUGGAUCGGAUUUUGUUUACAACUUCACCAUUGAACAGCCGGGCACAUAUUGGUACCACUCUCACAGCCGAGCACAAUACCCAGAUGGCCUCCGAGGACAGUUCUUCGUCCACGAUCCCGAGAAUCCUUAUGCCGGACAGUACGACGAAGAGAUCAGCAUCACCAUCUCCGACUGGUAUCAUGAUCAACUUCCCGGACUCGUGGACCACUUCAUCAGCUUCGAGAAUCCCACGGGCGCCGAGCCAGUACCGAACUCGGCAUUGAUGAACGACACGCAGAAUCUCACCGUUCCCAUCGAGCCUGGCAAGACCUACUUCUUCCGAAUGACCAAUGUCGGCGCCUUUGCCAGUCAGUACUUCUGGAUCGAAGGUCACAACAUGACUAUCAUUCAAGUCGAUGGUGUCUACACUGAGCCUGCGGAGGCUGAGAUGAUCUAUCUGACCGCUUCGCAACGCUAUGGUUUCCUGGUGACUGCGAAGAACGACACCGGAGCAAAUUUUGCCAUGGUCAACAGUAUGGACACGGACCUGUUCGACUCUUUCUCACCAGAUCUGAACACGAAUGCCACGGGAUGGCUGGUAUACGACCAGUCGAAGCCGCUUCCCGAGCCGACAAAGCUCGAGAAUUGGGACGCGCAGUACGACGACUUUGACCUCGUUCCGCAAGAUGGUAUGGAGCUCCUUGACAAAGUCGACUACUCAUUCAACCUGGACUUGUCGAUGAUCAACCUCGGUGACGGCGCCAACUAUGCUGCUUUCAACGACAUCUCCUACGUUCGACCAAAGGUUCCUACACUGUACAGUGCCCUGACGACCGGCGUGGACGCCGCAAAUGGUACCGUCUACGGCACCGACACGAAUCCGUUCGUCCUUAACAAAAUGGACGUUAUCGAGAUCGUGCUGAACAACGACGAUCCGGGCAAGCAUCCUUUCCAUUUGCACGGACAUGACUUCCAAGUCAUCCAGCGAGCUCCGGAGGAAGACGGCUUCUACCAACCAAACAACCACAGCGUCUUUCCUAGCAAGCCCAUGCGUCGCGACACAGUAUGGGUACGACCAAACAGCAACUUCGUCAUCAGAUUCAGGGCCGACAACCCGGGCAUCUGGCUCUUCCACUGUCACAUCGAAUGGCAUCUCGCCAGCGGCCUCAUCGCGACCAUGAUCGAAGCACCUCUUGACAUCCAAAAGACCAUCACUGUCCCCCAGAACCACUACGACGUCUGCGCCGCCGCUUCGACACCCAUUGCUGGCAACGCAGCCGCGAACACGAAAGACUUCUUGGACCUCACGGGCCAAAAUAUGAUGGUCAAGGCACUGCCAUCCGGCUUCACAGCGAGAGGCAUCGUGGCGUUGGUCUUCAGCUGUGUGGCCGCAUUCUUGGGCAUGGCGGUCAUCGCUUGGUAUGGAGCCGCACCCCUCAGCGCCGCGGAAAUGGCUUCAACAAGAGAAUUUGUCGCCAAAGCCGGUGGUUGA